AGAUGUCAGCGUCAGAAGGUUAAUUGUUGAUCAUAUGACCGAUUUGAGAGAGGGUUUGUCUUAUCGCUUAUCGUCUUGAUCAUUUCAGUCUUGCUUUAGUGAUUAUUCCACCUAGUUUUUUAAAAUAAGUUUUGAGACAUGGCAAGCCAUCAAAGCCAUGGUGUUCAACAGCUUUUAGCAGCUGAAAAACGCGCUGCAGACAAAGUUACAGAGGCUAGAAAACGCAAAGCUAGGAGGCUAAAGCAAGCUAAAGAAGAGGCUCAAGAUGAAAUCGAAAAAUACCGUAAGGAAAGGGAACGCCAAUUUCGCGAAUUCGAGGCUAAACAUAUGGGCUCUAAAGAGGAUGUUGCCGCAAAAAUUGAAGUAGACACAAAGCGUAGGAUUGAAGAAAUGAAUAAGGCUAUCAUAAGUCAAAAGGAACCAGUUAUACUAGAAAUUUUGAAACUGGUCUAUGAUAUCAAGCCUGAAAUACACAAGAACUACCGCCAAUAGUGAAUCUGUGCAAUAUUUUAUUGAUAGGCACCAAAACUCUGAUCACUUAAAUGUUUAUAGAUGUUCAUUCCAUUUUAAUGUACUUCUUUUCUUUAUGUAGUAAUUUUAUAGACUUAUCAUAUAGUGAAGCAAUGUCUUAAAUCUCUAUAGAUACUUAUAUUGUUAAACGUGUACUAAGUGAUAUAUUAAAAGUAUUGUGUUUUAUGUUGAUUUUAUUUUAUAAAAUAUUUGUUUCAAGAUACUUAAAACAUUUAAUAUUUAAUUUGUAUCAUUUAUAGAGAAUA